UGCUGCCCAGGUAACCUCGCGCGCGCUCUUUACCCUUUUUGGCGCCCAAGUAACUUUUUGUGUAAUGUUGAUGUGACAUGCACGAGCACGAUCGUAUGCGCUUGCCCUCACCCUGGCACCCAAGUGAUCGUGCACGUACGCGCGUUCUCUCCUUUCUUCAUUGCGGGUCGUUAAGCCCCUCACUUCUCCACGUUCACCGAUCUUCAGCCUGCACGGUAAAGCGAGUUAGCCUGGCGUGUUCCUCGAUUCUUGGGUGCUUUUCAGGACUUUUUCACUGGGCACUUUUCACCUUCCAUUGGCACGCGUCCAACAUGUAUGUUCUUCUGCCAGGUUUCGCUCAUUCCUCCCUCCUGAUCUCCUCGCUCAGCCUGCUUCUGCUUUCCCUGACUGAUGCCAAGAGCCCGUGCCACGUAGCCUUCAGAUUUAAAGUUGAAGGACCUCCGCGGGGCCUGAUGACUGCCCACUGCCUGACGCCAGCCUACAGCAUGAACAGCAGUGAGCUGGCCGAGUGCGACGGUGGGCUCCCCGAUGAAGAUGUGCACAUGUGCUCGACUGGCAGCGCCAUCCUCCUCUACGUCAACAGUGCUGCCUCUGCAAUCAGAAGGAAAUGCUUUUUGGAGUACGAGCCAGCAAAUUCAAUUGCAGCAGUGGGCAGCGAGAGGGUCUGUAAGCUCAGAAACGACUCCUUCACAGAAAAGGCACUGAAGAGUCACGCGGGGGUCCGUCUCUUCGUUUCUGGUCCCGUGUUUGGAGUGGCGAUGCUGCUAAUGGCGGGCGUGCUGUGCUGAGUCAGGAGUCGGCGGUGAGUUGGUGGUAUUGCAGCGGCGAAGAAGAAGAAGAAGCUCAAGCGUCCAUCCGGUUGCGACCUCCUGACUCCAGCAGGCCAUCUUCUGCUGCUCUGUUCAUCUGGACGCUUUGUGGCCUUGCAGUUGUACCGAGCUGUUGUGACACUUUAGUCUUGAGAUGCACCCUCGUCCACUUUGUGAAGUGCCAUCUGAUGGUGGGCUCUGUGUACGCAAUAAAUAAAGUUUGACUGAUAGAAGCACUGAGUGUUGACGGUUGCACGGGUUUCCUUUUCACUGCGUCCUCCACAGCAGA